CCGUCCUGGAAUGAUGACGUCAACGACGGCCUCUUGAGCAUGUUUGUAAACACGAGAGACGAAGGAGUAUGUAGUAUAAGGCAAAAAUAUAGGCCUGAUCGUAUCCCGUUAGUGAAUGAGCUGCUGUGAGCCUUUUAUCUUCGUUUGACAGUAAAAUCAUGACGUGAGAAUAAAAAUGAGGAUUUGAUUUUUUUCUCAGGCCGCCGAGAAGGCGUUUGUGUGUCAUUUCGCUAAGUAGCCACCUCGCUAAUUCUCAGAUGUUGCUGCUAGCCGGUCCGCUAGUUUCUUAACCGCAGAGAGGAUAUGUGAUGGAACUAAGCUAUACUGCCUCAAAUGGAAACGUAUCUUUUGUAACUGUAUAGGUUUAUGCUGCUCCAUCGCCAUGUUCUAGAUUUCAACAGUUGUUAAAUGUGGACUUAAUGUGUAUAUUAUAUGUAGAGAAGUAAUACUCGGAGUACGCAGUGUAGUACUUGUAUUUGAACUGUAUGAUAUGUGUAGUUCGCACUCAGGUAACAGAGUGUAUUUUUUAAAAACUCAGGCAUUUUCAGGUGAUGCUUACAAAGGCUCGGUUGUCUACAAGCAGAUCCAAGCACUGGAAAUUUUAAGCUGGUGAUUUCAUGAGACAAUUUGGUAACUAGCUAGGAUAAGUAUGACAUUUUACUUGAGGUUGUAGUAUCCCAUUUCGGGGGCCGAGACCGUUUUAAUACGCAAUCCUGGCUAGAUUUCCGUCGGGUCACUUUACUUGAGAACCUAAGAAGAGAUCAGGACCGAGCUGUUUUUGCUUGAGGCCUGACAGGCUUUUACGUGAAGGUGUUCCUCAUGGCAGAUCAAGACGCUGUAGUCAACACAGCUUAAUCAGCCCCGCGUAGGUCCUUCGCACCGAUUAAACUGAUGCAUCGAGUCCUCUGGGUAUUGGCGCGCGUUUAAUAAACCCGACAAGAUGACUAGACAUAUUCCGGAGUCUUACCUCCCCCUGAUGCACCGCAUCAUCGCCUGUUUCUGCACCGGCGGCUCGUCUUGCCCCGCGAUUUAAACAAAACCGUGUUCUCGCCGCCGUAACUGUCUCAACCCCGUGCGAUCGACAUGCCCUGGCCAUUUUCCGAAUCCAUAAAGAAGCGAGCAUGCCGAUACCUUUUACAUCGGUAUUUGGGAAACUUCCUCCAGGGGAAUCUGAAUUUGGAACAGCUCAGUUUAGAUCUCUAUCAAGGUACCGGCUCGCUGGCGCAAGUACCACUGGACAAACAGGUCUUCAAUGAGAUCCUGGUGUCUGUCGAUGCUCCAUUUGAGGUGACGGAGGGCUUCAUCCAGACCAUCUCCCUGACUGUUCCUUGGGCGUCCCUGCUGCAGGAGAAUUGUGCCCUAGAGGUAGCAGGUCUGGAGAUGGUGUUCAAGCCAAGACCAAGAAUGACCUCGGGCAUAGAGCCCAUGUACUGGUCCAGUUUCAUGACCAGCAGCAUGCAGCUAGCAAAGGAGUGCCUGAGCCAGAAGCUGACGGACGAGCUUGGGGAGACCUUCCAGCCUCUGGAGGGACUGGAGAAGUUUGCAGAGACCAUAGAGACGGUUCUGAGAAGAGUCAAGGUCACAUUUUUGGAGACUGUUUUCCGGAUUGAGCACGUCCCGGAGAAUUCCAAAACGGGAAUAGCUAUUGAGAUACGAGUUGCAAAGAUCAUUUACUUCGAUGAGACCGGCGAUGAGUGCGCUGGUGUGGAUGUGCAUCAGCCAGCCACGUUCGCUCACAAGAAUCUGCAGCUGCACGGCGUCACUGUUUUCUGGGACGAGUUCUCAGAGUCGACCCGCAAUGGCCUGAGGUCGCCGUCUGGCAAGGAGACGGAGGCCAAGCUCUCUCCCAGCUGGAACCCCCGCAUCACCUGUGAGCCUCACCCUCAGUUCACUGAGCCAGUUUCCGCGGCGACGCCCUUCAACCCCACUCAGAUCGGCAGCCUGAGCGGCCGAGUAGAACUGUCCCUCGUCCUGAAGCAGAAUGAAACCGUCCCGGGAGCGAAGUUGGAUGUCGAUGGGCAGAUCGAUUCGAUGGCCCUGCUGCUGUCUCCGCGGCAAGUCCACCUCCUUCUUGACAUGCUCGGUGUCUUUUCUAGCGCGGAGCUGGAGAGGGGCAGCCUGGCCCGGGACAGGAGGAAUAGACCCAUGCAGCUGGAGGACGAAAACCGGCUGCGUGCGGAGCUGAGCCGCUGCCUGAAGAAGGAGAGUGUGACCUCCGCCACACCAGGAGAUGAGGACUUCUUUGAGGCCGACACUACCAGGACCACGUCCAGCAGAGCAGAAGACGUGUUCUUCUCUAUGGCGGAGAUGGACAUGUCCCACAGCCUGUCGUCCCUCCCCCCUCUGGGAGACCCACCCACUGUGGACCUGGACCUGUCCCUCAACAGUAACUACACCCCUUCCCCAGGGGAGUCUCCCUCUGACAACCCGCCGCAGAUGGCUUGGGAUGAUUAUUUGGACGCCCCAAAGCAGAGGGAGAGGCAGAUGCAGGAAGCCCCUUUCUUGACCCGGGAUAUGCAGCCCCCCCAGAAACUUCUGCGGCAGACCUCUCACCCCCUGAAAGCCCCCUGUGACGAGUCUCGACCAGAGUUGGUGCUGAGGCUGGCUCUGGGCACCGCCAUCAUGUCCGUGCUCCACAUCGACCCCCUGCCCCCAGCCGACUCUCCCCACAGCCCCCUGGCCCUCAUGGCUUCGGGCUUCUUCUCGCAGCUGGACCGGAUGGACCUGGGGGGCGUUGGGCGGGGCGACCUCUUGCAGGCUCGGGCCAUAUUUGACAGCGCCUGCCCCCAUGACCACCUCAGGUUUCUGGGGUUAGGGAUGAAACUGACCUAUGAACAGCGACAGGGCUCCAGUGUGCGCAGCCUGAACACCGAUGUGACCCUGGGCCAGCUGGAGCUGCUGGAGUGCCUGUUCCCCAGCGACGCCAGCUCUGAUGUGCCCCAGUACACCGAGCUGGUCACCUUCGACGGCCCGGCCAACAAGGAGGGGCCUCCCUCGCCCUGCCUCCACCUGCUGUACAAAUUUGUGGAGCGCAGAGGCCUGCAGGGCGGGCAGGUGCGCUUCAGCUCCAUGCCCAGGAAGGCGGAGCUGCAGGUGGAGCUGGGCCCCACCCGCGCAGAACUGGACAUCAGCAUCGUGGACAGGCUCAACUCCCUGCUGCAGCCGCAGAAGCUGACCUCCGCCGAGACCAUGGCGUCUCACAUGUACACGUCGUACAACAAGCACAUCAGCCUGCACAAGGCCUUCGCGGAGGUCUUCCUGGACGACUCUCGCAGCCCCGGCAGCUGCCAUGUGUCGGUGGCGGUCAAUGCUCCGCUCCUGCUGUUAAUGGUGCGCUUCCCCAUCCCGGACCUGCGCUCCGACCAGGAGAGGGGCCCCUGGUUCAAGAGGUCCCUGCAGAAGGAGGCCCUGCACCUGGAGCUGCAGGACCUGGAGCUGAAGACCGAGUUCACCGGGGCAGGAGGGGCUGAGCACACCAAGGUGGAGCUGACGUUCAAGGAGAUGACAGGAAGGUUCCAGGACGGCAGCGAGCAGCCAGCAUCUCGCUUCCUCAGGGUGUCCCACGCCACCGACGGGGACAUGAACGCCUCGGACAGCGGCAAAUUCGACUGGCCCAGGGUGGUGCUCCGCGCGAACCCCACCGCAGUCCAUUCCAUCCUGGAGCGCGUUACCACUGAGGAAGACGAGGGUGCUGAGGGACACUCUCCGGAGGAGGAGGAUGGCGGGGCCCACUCUCUGAAGGAUGUCUGUGAUUUCGGCAAGCCGGAGCCCUCGCCCUUUUCUUCACGGAGGGUCAUGUAUGAGAAUGAGGAGAUGGUCAUGCCAGGAGACGUGGGCGAGAUGACAGAGUUUCAGGAGAAGACGAUGAACAACUCGCGCUACAUCCUGGAGCUGGCAUUCCCCAACGUUCAGCUGUCCCUGCCAAAUAAGGCCUUCUACGAGAAACUGCACAACAGGAUUAACAAUGACUUGUUGCUGUGGGAGCCCACCGCCCCAUCGCCUGUGGAGACCAUCGAGAACAUAACAUAUGGGGUGGGGCUGUCAGUGGCCAGUCAGCUGAUCAACACAUACAACAAAGACGGCUUUAACCAGUUCCGGUCAGCUGCCCCCGAGGAGGAAGAUAGUGGGUCGGAGGAUGACAGCCUGCAGUACAAUUCCGCAGCGGAUUUCGGAUUCAGGAACCGCAGGAAGAAGAAGCAGGAGAUACAGAGCCGGAGCUCCCAGAGCCUGUUUUCCAUCGUCCUGAACGUCAGCCACGGUCUGGUGGCCCUACAAACCCACAGCAAGGAAAAAGGUGACACCAACCUGAAGAACAGUCACGGGGAGUUUUGGUUGGAGGUGGAGAAUGGAGUCCUUUUCACAGUCAUCCAGCACGAAGGGUACAAAGACCAGCACUACGUCUGUCUCCAUACCAGUAACCUCUGCCUUUAUCACCAAGGCAUGGUGGAUGGAGACAUGCCAGAGACGGACAUCAGACUGCCCAGCAAAACGCGCCCCCAUUGGCUGGAGCCGGUGAUCUACCCGUCUGAGGAGACGUCCCUAGGCAAGCGUUCCCCAUCGGAGGGCAUCGGCCUGGAGGCCCAUAGCAUGGUGUCUGUGGCCAUCAAGGUCCACUCCCAGAAUGCCGAGCAAAACAUUAAGGAGUUUCUGAUUGCUGUGGGGGUGAGAGGGGCGACCCUGCAGCACCGCGUGGUGCCGGCCAGCCUGGGCUGGUAUGACCAGAUUGUGGACUUUCUGAACGUGUCAGACGAGCCAGUGUUAGGCUACACCCCCCCCACGUCAGUCACUACGUUCCACCUGCACCUCUGGAGCUGCUCAUUGGACUACAGACCGUUGUACCUGCCCGUCAAGUCUCUGCUGACAGUGGAGACCUUCAGCAUCUCUAGCAGUGUAUCCCUGGAUCACUCUUCCUCCACACUGAGGAUCAUUCUGGAUGAGGCUGCCCUGUUUUUAUCGGACAAAUGCAACACGGUUUCUGUGAAUCUCAGCCGAGAUUACGUGCAGGUGGUGGAUAUGGGAAUGCUGGAACUGAGGAUCACCGCAGUGAAGCCUGGGAUUCGUGGGGAGCGGUCAGAGCCCCGGUUUGAGCUGCGCUGCUCCAGUGAUGUCAUCCACAUCAGGACCUGCUCUGACUCGUGUGCCGCUCUCAUGAACCUAAUUCAGUAUGUGGCCAGCUAUGGGGACCUGCUGCCCCCUCCUGGCCUGGAUGGCAAGAGCAGCAGUGGGAGGCAGAGAGCAAAGGCCGAGGCUUCCGGCAAACGGCCGUCCCGCUCCACACCGCUCCCCGAGGCCGAGCAACAGAUGCUUCAGGACCUGAUGAGUGAGGCCAUGGAGGACAUGGACAGCCUGCGGACUGCGACCCCACAACAGAACGGGAUCCACUCCGAUUUGGCCCAGGAGCCGCCGCGCUCUGACCUCUUCCUCUUCCCGGACGAGAGUGGCAACCUGUCCCAGGAACCCAGCCCCACCUUCCCCAUGUACCACACGCCCCUGAUCUACACACCGGCCUCUGACCCCGCCCCAGACAGCGACGACUUCUGCAUCCUGGAGACGCCCGGCUCGGGAGCCGCCGACCGGGAUGGUGAGCCGGUGGUGAGCAAACUGACGACAGAACCCAUCCAGAUCAGGGACGAUCACUUCAGCCAGCCGCCAGGCCGCGGCCACCCCGGUCGGGGGCCCCUACACUUCCCCGUGCCGGAGAUCCGCUACCUGGUUAAGGAGAUCUCCAUGGUGUGGCUCCUCUAUGGGGGGAAGGACUUUGGCGGCGGCCAGUUCACCUCCUCCCCAGCGAAGAGCCGUGGGUGCACCCCCCACAGCUCCCCCUCGCAGACGCCGGCGAGGCAGGCCCGGCCCGGCAGCCGCGUGGGAGGGGGCCGCGGAAGGAACCCAGACGUGCUCAUGGAGAUCCAGCUCACCAAGGUGAAGUUCCAGCACGAGGUGUACCCCCCCGGCCCCCCCGAGUCCGGCUCUGGCUCUGCCCAGGCCGAGCAGCCGGCCUCGCGACAGGUGUUCAUCGUCCAGGACCUGGAGAUCCGAGACCGGCUGGCAUCCUCCCAGAUGAACAAAUUUCUGUACCUCUACUCCAGCAAGGAGAUGCCCCGCAAAGCCCACUCCAACAUGCUGACAGUGAAAGCGCUACACUUAUGCCCAGAGGCAAGCCACACCCCCCAGGAGUGCUGCCUCCGGGUGUCCCUGAUGCCGCUGCGCCUCAACAUCGAUCAGGACGCCCUCUUCUUCCUCAAAGAUUUCUUCUCCAGUCUGACUGCUGAAGUCGAGCUUUUCGCGCCGCCUGAUCAGGAGGUGCUGUGUGUUUCAGUGAGGAGGCCCUCAGCCUCAGACAUCUCCUGCAGUUUCCCCAAGCAAGGGGGUGCCGGCCAGGAGCCGGCCCCCAUCAUCUCUGUGCCGAGCCAGGGCAGGCCCGGCCUGAACGGAACCGCGCAGCCGACCAGCGCCGACGCCAGCCAGCCUGAAGGGGGUGCCGCGCCCUACACCGACCAGCCCGUCUUCUUCAGAGAGUUCCGCUUCACCUCUGAGGUGCCCAUUCGUUUGGAUUACCACGGGAAGCAUGUGUCCAUGGAGCAGGGCACAUUUGCUGGCAUCAUAAUUGGCCUCACCCAGCUCAACUGUUCAGAGCUCAAGCUGCGACCCCUCUGCUACAGACAAGGGUUGCUGGGGGUGGACAAGCUCUUCUCUUACGCCAUAAACGAGUGGCUGAACGACAUCCGGAAGAACCAGCUACCGGGCCUGCUGGGGGGGGUGGGGCCCAUGCACUCCCUGGUACAGCUGGUUCAGGGCUUCAGGGACCUGGUGUGGCUGCCCAUCGAGCAGUACCGCAAGGACGGGCGCAUCGUGCGCGGCUUCCAGCGGGGGGCCGCCUCCUUCGGCACCUCCACCGCCAUGGCUGCGCUGGAGCUCACCAACCGCAUGGUGCGCACCAUACAGGCAGCGGCAGAGACGGCCUAUGACAUGGUGUCUCCAGGACCUGAGGAGAGCGAGAUGAAGAGGAUGAAGCGUUUCUCUCAUCACCGGCUGGCCCAUCAACCAGUGGACCUGCGUGAGGGAGUGGCCAAGGCGUAUUGUGUAGUCAAGGAGGGAAUCACGGACACUGCGCUGACCAUCUACGACACGGCCACACGGGAGCACGAGCAGAGGGGGGUGACGGGGGCCGUGGGCGGGGUCCUGCGGCAGCUGCCCCCCGCUGUGGUGAAGCCGCUCAUCGUGGCCACGGAGGCCACCUCAAACGUGCUAGGAGGCAUGAGGAACCAGCUCCACCCCGACGCCCGACAGGAGGAGUCCCAGAAGUGGCGGCCGGGCGAGGAAUGAACUGUUUGUUUGUUUGUUUGAAAGACGUGCUGGAUAGCCAAUGAGAUUCACAGGAGACCCCACCAAACAUGUCCCAUGCAACUGGAUACACAGGGUACCCAACAGACAGGGAAGGGAAGCGGUCAGUAACACUAAAUAAACCAAUCCCAUCUCAUACACCAAACCGCCUGGGGUUUGUAUGUUGUUUGAGUUCUCCUUCCCAGAAUCCCUUGCAGUGCCUUGUAAAUGGUACAUAAACAAAGCAGACUCACACAUGGGAAUUUCCUGUUUAGCACCAUUUAGCGUGUGCCAUUUGGAGACUAGCAUGGCAUUUGAGUACUACUUUUGUAUAAAUAAAUCAUCUGUAAAGUUGGGGGGGGGGGGAGAUAACUAUGGUUAUGAAUGCAGAUAACAAUCUGAAAGGUGCAAAUGUAUUUUUUUUUUCUCACAUGCAAACAGUUUAACUUUUUGUUGUUGUUUUUCUAAAUAAGCAGAGCUGUAAUUCGAAUGAGAGCCUGUCUGUUCCGCGUUUUAUAUGUGGCUACUUGCGUCGUGGACUGUGCAGACCAGCACCCCAAAUUCAUAGUGACAUAUAGGCAGGCUGUACGCCUCUCUGCUGUACUUCUGCAUCUGACUUUUCCUUUUCAAUAGCAGAGUGAAUUGUAGUAGCCUUCAGUUAAAAUAUGUCAAUCUGAUCUCAGAACUGUUUGGGAGCUGUCUUUUUAAGGGGCUGUCGCGUCUUCCCAGCAUUUCUUGCUUCUAUCUGUCAGUAGAAGGAGGUCUGUCCUUUUUUCUCUCUUGUGUUUAAGCCGUAGCUUUGUGACAGACACUGAGUAAUCAAAGCUGUUUACUCUGCUGAGUGGCACUUUCAGAAAAAGACGAGCAAAGGUCAAUUAUUUACAGGUGUAGUAAAUCUGUAAACUGCUUUCUGCUGUCUGUCAGUGCAGUACGUGUGCCUGCAAACAGUCCCUUGACAUUCUCAGAAAUAUGUAUCUAGUUUGUCACAAGUACAGCUUGUUAUAUAACCGAGUCUUAAAUACGGUUCACCUUUUGCUUUGUUUAUUGAACAUUUUUAUACAUUGAGAAAGACAUGGGUCAGUAGUCAUUUUGUAGGCAAACUUAAAAUAAUUUAAUUUCAGCACUACAUAAUUUUAAAUUGACUGGAUCACAAAGCGGUGCUUGACGUGUCCGUUUAUUUGUGCUGUCUAACAGGUGUUUGUGUGCAUCUAGGCUAUUACAGUAUGGCUUGUAUAUAGUUAGUGUACAGACUGGAUAAUGUUAAUUUGUGCAAAUAUAUUAAAGCAUGUAAUGUCUGUCAAAGGGAAUUAAAUGAUUUAUCUUCUCUCUGGA